CUGCUCCUCCAAGGGCCGAAAAGAGCUGUAAUAUUCCCGUUCAGAACUUUAGGUGUCCGAGUUGUGGUCAAGACUUGUGCUUCUCCACGCCAACAAUGAUAAGGGCUGAUCUGUUUCUGCCGCCAUCACGUAAGGCCGAGUGAGUGACCUGUUACACUGUUUGGGCUGUUUAUUUUGCGGCUCUUGCUUGUUUUCUGCCGUUGGGCCGGCAAACAGGUGAGGGGCACCCACCGAGGCCAGGGGUUAGGCCGGCCCUCGGAGCCAGGUGUGAGUGUGCCCUGAAACUCGAGCCGCGGGGGGGAGGCCGCAGCCCGAGGAGAGGCGCUGAGUGACGGGCACAGGGUCGCCUGCCGGGCCGAGGAGGAGCCGAGGACGCGACACGUGCCGGGAACGUGCCGGGCUGAGCGGCGAGGGACAGAUGGAGCCCGACGGCGCGGCUGCAAACGAGGCACAAACAGAAUCUUUACCUUCAUCUCCCAACGCUGUGUCGCCAGUGCCAUUAAAUAACCCAACCGGUGCACCAAGGUUUGGAACAGUUACUCCAAAUCGCAUCUUUGUAGGAGGGAUUGAUUUUAAGACUAAUGAAAAUGACCUGAGGAAGUUUUUUGCUCAGUAUGGCUGUGUGAGAGAGGUGAAGAUAGUAAAUGACAGAGCUGGAAUAUCAAAGGGGUAUGGUUUCAUUACUUUUGAAACUCAAGAAGAUGCACAGAAGAUACUACAAGAGGCUAAAAAACUUAAUUACAAGGAUAAGAAGUUGAAUAUUGGUCCUGCAAUAAGAAAACAACAAACACGGAUUCCCCGUUCUAAUGUAAUACAAGAAGGUGGUACAAUGUACUUAACAACUUCCAGUGGAUAUCCUUAUAUUUACCAUAAUGGAGUGGCUUAUUUUCAUACUCCUGAAGUUGCUUCUGUUCAGCAGCCAUGGCCAUCACGCUCCGUUUCCAGUUCACCUAUGAUGGUAACGCAACCAGUUUAUCAGCCUCCUACUUACCAUUAUCAGGCACCAACGCAAUGUCUUCCAGGUCAGUGGCAGUGGUCUGUUUCCCAGUCUCCAACCUCUUCACCUUCGUUGUUUUACCUGCACCCGUCUGAAGUUAUUUAUCAACCAGUAGGGAUUGCCCAGGAAGGUGGUUGCGUACCUUCUCCUUUCCUUCUAGUGGAAGCUGCAGUUCCUGAGCCAUUUUCUGAUCAUGGAGUUCAAGCACCCCCUCACCAGCCUUUUGCCCAGAAUGCUAUAGCCAUGCCUGCACCUGUGAGUCAAACUAAGCAAGUUAAAACAGUGUGGAGCAUUCACUAUUAAGCACUUCGGGCAGCUUUAGUGUACCUGUUCUGAUUUUCUUGUCCAGUCCUUCCCGUGUGGCUGAGAUCAUCAACAUACCAGCUAGCAGCUGCCUGUUGUGAAGCUUAGGGUCAGUUGUUUCAUUGUAAUACUUGAUAUUUACAAAUUGCUAAACAAUAAAACAUGCUAAGGGAGAAUUUAACAUAAUCUGCGACACUAUUUAACUGCUUUUGGCAUAUUUGUAUAUUUUCUGAUAUUUAUGUAAAACAGAUAUAAUGUAAUUAAUUCCUGGGAUAGAUCUGUGUGUAUUCAUUCCAUAGUUACUUUCUUUUUUGUUCAACUUUCCAAAUUCAGUGCAUAUGUGGAUUACUUUUCUUCAACAAGGGCAGUUCUUAGUUCUUCAGUGUAUGAGUUCUGUUCAUGAAACUGUUUAAGUUUCCAUUAUUAGCAGCAUAAUUUCUUCCCUCCCUCUUUUUAUUUUGUGAUGUACAGUGGUUUGCAUUGAUGGAGUUGUACUUUGUGACAAGUGCUCAACCACAUUUCUUACUACGAAAAAGGUGCUACUUUGAGUUGUUUACUUCUCUUCAAAAAUAAGAGUAUCUCAAUAAGAGGAAGUUAGGGUAAAAUAUACAUUGUUUCACAUGUUAAAGUAAUUCCUUUCAAUUUGUUAAGUGACAGCCUUUUAAGCAGCCCCACAGUCCAUGGCAGAGGCUUGGUUUGUGGUUAGGAUGUGACUUUUUGUCUGCUUUGUUUGUAAAGCUUGUCCUCGGGAUAUGGCUUUUGAAAAGUCCCAUCAGUGUGGAAUUCAUUCUUCACCAUCGCACUGGGACUAGGCUGUCGAAAGGAAAAAAUACUUUGUGCCAUCCUUAUCCUUAUGGGAGUCAAGACUAAGGAGAAAGUAGGAAGAAUAUUUUGGAAUUGAAGUUCCGCUGGUGUGAGGAAGAUUGAAGUGGGUUUUAGAUGAAGGCUGGUACUAGACAGCCUGAGAGCCUAGAAAUGUGGGAAGGAAAUCUGCAAGAUGGUUUGGAUUGAGUAGAUGGUAAUAAACUGAAAUCUUGAGGUUAAGGUGGAUUGAAUAUCCUAAUAGGAAUAUAAGAACUACAAUAUUAGCUGAUAGUGUUAGGAAACUGGCAGAGCUGGAAAGAGGGAAAUGUGAAUAGUUCAAUAACAAAACUAAGAAGAAAAGAUAGGCAGGAGAUAUCUAAGUUGAAGUGCUCAGGAAUCAGAUUAUAUGUUUAAAAUACAUCUAAGAUAAACCAGAACAGUUAGGAAAACCUAAUGCUGAGUUUUGAACUUUUAUAGAGAAUAUGUAUAUAGAAUCUGUUAAAUGGUUUUGCGUGAUAACAUUAAAAAAAAAACAAAAACACUUCAGUAAGGCUAAAUGGUCAGUGAACAAAACUUUUUGUUAAGUAAACAAAAUCUGAACUCAUUUCAAGUUAUUGUUCUAAUAAACAAGUGAAGGUUCUUUUUGCCACCGUCAGAUUCACCUGUGUACUUAAGAGAAGUCUGUCUUUCCUUUUUGAACCACAGCUGUCUUGCUGAUGCAGAGUCAAAGUGCACAGUUAUUUCUUUUUGGAGUGUUAUUAAUGUAGUAGUUCAGACACAGCUUAAACCAGAGGAAACAAUGCAGCAUUUUUCCUCUCUCUUUAGGAAUCAAGGUUGCGUUCUGUGAGAAGAAAUUUUUCACAUCCAUCAUCUCUGUGACUCUGAAACCUUGGUGUACAUGAAGUCCCCGUUUUCAUCCUAGAAAAGAUUACAGACUGGAAGAUAAAAUUCUUACACCAGCUUCACCUACAGAUUCUGUAAAAUAGGUUUUUAGCCAUCCCACUUGCUAGUGUUCCUAUCACGUGGAGGAAGUGUUGUUCCUGACUUGUAACGUUUGCCUGGAUGUGCCUAAGUGAAAAUGCCAUUGGCUUUUGUAAAGGAAGAAGGUUUGGUUUUGCAGUUUGGACAGGGAAACACCCAAAACUGUGUUUUUAUCCUGGACAGCCUUUCUUAAUAAAAGCACUUUCACUGGACAAAAUUGUAAGCCGUAGUAUACAGCCUACUACUUAGGUAUGGGUUACUUAGAUUUAAUAAAAGAUGCCAUUUUGCAAGGGAAAAGUUCCUUUUCAUUUCUGGAGGAUAGAGAUUUAAAAGAUCUGUUAGUAAAGGUGGAAAGACCGUCUUCCCUACUUACUCACAGCUUUUACCUGCUAUAGAUUAUAAUUUGGUUAUUUAAAUCUGUAUUGCAAUAGUUUGAUUUCUGAUUUUGUUUUCAAUCAGAAUUCUCUGCUUUCAUGAGAUACCUUUACUUGUGCAUCAUUUCAGUGCUGGAGGAUAAUAACGUCUGAAUAUUUGGACCAUGAGUUUAAUAAUUGCUUAUUUUCAUAGGUGGGUGGCAUUUCUCUUCUAUACAGAAAGGAAUAUAUUUGGCUUUCUGCUGUGUUUUAAGCCUUACUGUUCUUAAUAGGAAAAAGAAUGACUUCAUUUAAUGUAUGUAUGAUAUCCUGGAGCUUUCGGUUUGUCUUCUCUGUAGAAGUUUGCUUUUUUGUUUGUUUCUUUUGUUUCUUAAGCACUCAGGGAUCCUGCACAGUGGGCAUUACUGUCAGCUGCUAAACUCUUUGUUAUAUAUAAAUACCUUAAGGGUGAUUCUGCCAGUCAGUAGCAUCUCAUUGGGUUAUGCAGGAAGCAAGAUGAAGUCAGUUGCUGUUCUUACACUGUUUUGGAAUUAUAUGAAAGGAGAUGCUACGUAUUGUCAUUUUAUUUACUGUCUUGGUUGCAUGUUUGCUUAAGGUGUUCUCCGUGUUUUGCCGGGUGGGUAGAAAUCUAUGCAGUAUGAUUUCAACUUCUUGUUCCUUUGCUUUUAAAGGAGCGUUAAUGUAGAAUCUGGGAGAUGGUUCUGCACACCAGGUAUCAGAUCCUUUUUUCCAUGUUUUUGAGGGGGAGAGCAGUUGCUGUAGUUUGUUGUGUCUCUGAGCCAGUCUUUGCCACCAGACUCGUCUAUCCAGCUGACUUGGAUUUGAUACAGAUUUUAGCAUUAGAUUUUAGAAUUCAUCAGUAUGAGAGCUAUGGAAGUGUUGGUGCAUCCUAACCCUUCAUUUCUGUGGAUGAUUUUUUGUACAGAUGUUUUCUUAAAUGCUGGGGUGUAUCUGAAGGUGUCAAAGGAAGGUUCUGUGUUCAGUUAGAGUCUGAUUUGUUCUGUCAUGAAACAAGAAGUCAUUUGACACAAGGCUCAGGAAAUUUAGUCCUAAGUCCUUACUUUUUAUGUUUGCAGUUUCAAAUUGGACUUGUGUGUUUCUAAAAUGGCUUAGAGAUGGGAGAUGUCAAGUUCACAGCAAGUACUGUGUUGGAGAAGUUGUCUGAACUGAUUGCUUGAAAAUGUACGACUGUAGUGCAGUCAUUUGUAGUGCAGUCUGUCCGAUGAAGUGGCAUCUACUGAAAAUAUUCACAAAAUAUCAUUUAUUUCCAUUUAUUGGAGCAGAUGAUGGAUUAUUGAUAAAUGGGUUGAUCUCCUGGCCUUUGUUUCAAAGAACACUUAAUUCAUUUUGACUUGCACGUGAACUUGAUCAUUUGGAAGCAUAUUUGGCAUUGGAUUCAGAAGUAUUGCCAGGUGUUCUUUCACAGGCUCUCUAACUUUGGUCUGGAGGUAUUAUUUGUUAGGGUUACGUAUCACCAUUUCUUAACAAUGUUUAGAUUUGAUCUGAGACCUCCAAAGUAGGAAGGGAGGAAAAGAGAAAUGGCUUAUUUUUGGCCUUUCUCCAGGAACUGCUGGUAACUGUUGAAAUCUUGAGGGCUUUCCAGUGAAACUGUAACUUAUCUUUCUUUAAAAUGUCUGCCAACAAUGAUGGCCGUAGGAAGUGAACUUCUAAGCUUUCUGUAGUGGAAUCCUUCCUUAGACACAAUGGAGGCACAGUAACCAGCUUCUGUAGUUUGUGCAGGGAAUACAUUGGUGAGAUGCACUAAGAACGGACUGUCUUAAUUUUUUCUCACAAGUGCUUAAAAUUGCAUUAACAUCACAGCUUUCAUAUCUUUUUUAAAAAAAAGCUUUAAAACUUUACACUGUUUCCUACCAUUUGUAGUUAUGAUAGCAUGGAGAUUCUUUACUGUAGUCAUUCAGUUAAGUGCAGAUGCUGGGGUCCUGAUUUGGCUUUGGAGAACAGCAGCGCUUCCUAAAGGCUUCUUCAGUUUCCUGUCAGUAGCUGUAAGGCCUUACACAUGUUAAGAGGGAUUGGAGCAGAUUAGGAUUGUGUUCCCUGGAUGCUCGCUAGCUAAUGGCAAGUCUUUGUGCACUACUUGUCCCAUCUUAGCAAACAGAAUUAACUCCCCAGUUCUUACUCCCUUUAGUUUAGUGACCCUGCUAGGAUUGUUUUCUACUGAGUUUCCUUUCACAGUAUUUUUAGCGAUUGUUGUUUGUUUAAUGUUACGCAUCCAUGGCAAGAUGCUCAUUCUGACACUGUGCUAAGUGAUGCUGUCUUACAACCCCUGGAUGUACAGCAGAGCUAUGCAAGUUAUCACUCUCCUGUAUUUUUAUGUGUUUAAUCAGGGAUUCUUUUAUGCAUUAAGUAGAACGUUCUAGCUCCUUAAUGUUUUGGGUUCCUGCUGUUGCUGGUCCUGUGUACUGGAAGUCUGUUCAUCAUCCCUGUAAGCUAUUUAGUUUUUUUCAUUGUUAUGUUUGAUUAUUCUGAUAUUCGUUUCUCCAAAUAGUUAAUGAGAAACUGCAUUCCAGUAGUAACUGAACAAAACCUGACAGAACACAUGGCUUUCUAAAACUGUUUUCCUGUUUUUAGCGGUUAUUAAAUGUAAGAAGUUGUAUGGUUGUGAAAUAGUUGGAAGUUGAGUGUAAAAAUUGCAGUAAAAUAGGUUUGUGGCUUUGUAGCAUUGAACAACUACAGUAGUUUAAAUACACAUGGUAUAUGGUUUCCUUCACUUCUGUUUCCUUUUAAAAAGAUGCACAUUGGGCAUCAUUAUAUUAAAGAUAACAAAUAUAAUGCCAGUGUCUUGAUACACUUGUACAAUCUUAUACUGAGUUUUAGUGUGAAAAAUCUGGAAAUACAGAAGGCAGAAGAGUAAUAUAUGGCUCUCAUUUGAGCAAUGUUUAAUGCUGCUGCUGAGAUGUAAUGGGAAAGUGCAUGUCUUAGCAGGCCACCUUAGACUUCUUGAGCCUCAAAUAAUUAGAAAAUACUGAAACUAAUUUGGAUGGCCUCACAUGGUCAUUUUAUGUCUCUGUUCACCAAUGGAGCUGUAAUCUACAAAGUGUGUAUAUUAAAAUAUAUAUAUAUAUAUAUUUAAUUGCUUUUUAAUCAGAUAAUUAAAAGCACAUUCUAAAAUGUGUGGUUUUAUAUAAUCACAGUUGUUACACUUGAUACUGUAUUGCAUGUACAGAAGAUCUAUUUAAUGCAGCCCUGUUAAGUGAGAUGUGCAUAGAUAACUACGUGUAAUACAUGUGUAGGUCUCAGAGAAUUGUUCAUGGCUGUACAAAUCCAAAGCUCUUUCUGUGUGUGAUAUAGCAGUUAAAAAUAUAAUAAAUAGCAGUUUUUAACUUUUCACGAAGUUCUGGUUUGGUAGCUGGGAGUUUAAUGCAUAUAUGUUGGUCUGUAUGUACUGUUUUAAUUGUAACUUUUGUUUAUUGUAGCACAGAUGAGUGAUUUAAACAGUUGAGAGAAAUGUUAAGAAUGGAAGUGAUGAGCUGUUGUCAUUAAACUGUGCUUCUGCAGUCAUUAAAAUAAACCGUUGUCGUCAUC